UUUUUGUUUUUCAGCUUCUCCUGGCUACUGCAGUUCGAGGCCGUUCAUCUAGCAACAUCAUCUAAUGCAACCAAAGGAUAAAGAUCUCGAUUUGACUACGUUUGACAACCCAGGAAGAUGGACGAUUGACAACUCUGAAAGUCGAUUUUCUCCUCGCAUCAUCAGUUCACCAGCUAGAAGAAGUAUAUUGAAAAUGACCACUCCAAAUCGAUAUGCUUCUCCUAUAGCACAUGGUCGUUUUUAUUCACUAGCACAGAAACGAGCUAGAAGAGUGAGCUUUGCACCGCGCAACGAUAUCAGGUUUAUGGACAAAGAUGAUUCAUAUAAUUUUGAUGCGUUUAGUGAGGCAGCAAAUCUUAUUGACGAAGAGGAACCUACUGUAUUCAGUGAAGCAAUGGCUACACCAACUGAUCUGCUGUCAAAAUUACCCUCCAUAAAUAUGUCACGACCACGACCAUUACGAUUACCGCCUCGUUCACCUGGUUCGCCUUCUGUACGGAGGCAAAGUUCUUUACUUUCAUUCAACAAGACAAGAUUGUCGAAAGAGAGCCAUGACAAUAUGAGAGGAGACUCACCAUUGCGAAGACCAAGCUUAUCACAGCAGUUUGAAAGCAGUAUGAUGCAUAAUAUCAAUGAACAACCCUACAAAAAGAUGGAUAUUCAUACUUUGUUCGCUGAUGAAGACGAUGAAGAAGAUAUGGAAGAAGAGGAAAAGAAGGAGGAGGAAGAGCGACCAAAACGAAUACAACAACAAGAGCAGCGUCAAGAGCGACAUCAGGAAGAGACGCAAGACUUUCAACAACGUCAACACACAGAAGAGCAGUUGUCACAGUCGGGAAGUCCUUUCAAUUAUCAGAACCGAGCAAAUACUGGAGCAUCACCUAUCUACAUUGAUUCUUCGAAAAAUACACCGAAAACACCUGCAAGAUCACCUAUACCCAUCAAAGACCGUAGACCAAUACAGAUUCGAAGUGAAGCAGUGAAUAAUCCCUUCAGUAGUCCCGAUCAACCAGAGAGUACUGAUAGUGAUAUUUUUGUUUCUCGUGCUGACAAAGGAUACAAUGUAGGAAAUAAAGUAGAUGAGAGUCUUGAUAAUCAUGAUGAUAGCAAUGGCUUUGAUUUUAAGAAAAGACUAGCUGUUUAUCAAAAUUAUAUACCCAGUUCACCUAGCGCUAUUGGAUCUCCAACUUACACAAAGCCUUUCUCCACUGCAAAGUCGCCCAGAUCACCGUUCUCUAAAUCUCCACUUGCAAGAUCGCCUCAUACAAGUUCACCACUCAGAUCGCCUAUCAAAUCGCCUAUCAUAUCACCAAACAAUAUUAGGUCGCCCCUUUCAAUGACGCGACAUCCUAAAUCACCACUUGCUACCUCAGCUCUCAAGAGAACUCUUGUUCCAACAAGAGUUACAAAACCAUUAAGUAGAUCUCCUAGAACGGCACUGUCGCCUCGUUUUGAGCGAUAUGUAACAACGUCAAAUGCUGAUAACAAUGAUAAAAGCUCUGAAGUAGAAAUCACAGGUGGUGUAGAAAGAACUCACCUUGAAAAAAAAAAAAUACCUCCCCAGACGCAGCAAAAACCCCAAUUGUCUGUGAAUCCUUUUUCAUCUUUGGACAAAGAAAGUGAUGAUGAACAUAGCAUUGAUAUGAUGUUAACAGGCGAUAAUAUUGUUAAUUAUACUGAACGAACAGCAGAAUUACAGCAACCACAACAAUUGCAAAUGCAACAGUCGGAUAAAUCACCCAAAGCGGCCUUAUCACCGAGGUAUGCACCGUAUGAAAAGGUAAUCAAUAUCGAUGACGAAGAUGACGACGACGGCAGCUCCGCAAUGAUGAUAACAGACGAUGAUUUGAGUGUUCAGGUUCAAAACUCAGCAAUAACUGUUCAGGAACAUCAGCAAUCUCGUAUACUUACGACGCCACUGGAUAGCUUCGAACCUUUGUAUGGACAUCGAAACAACGCUGAUGAUAGCACGGAAAGGAUGAUAACAGAUGAUGAAAUGAAUAUGCAAGUCGAAACACCAGCAGUACCUCAACAAAGAGGUCAGCAGCAACAACCACAACAUUCAGAGCAAUUACCUAUAUCAGAAUUGUCAUUCCGUGGUUUUGAACCGUUACAUCGAAUCCGAGAUGAUGAUGAAAGUUCUGAGAUGAUGAUUACGGACAACAAUGUGAGUACAAACGUUAAAGGUGUAUCCAUUUUGGACCAUGGAAAAGAAAAGGCACGACAGGCAGCCUCGCACAAACCUUCGUACCGUGGUUUUGAGCCGUUCGAUCCUAGCCAUGAUCACGACGACGAUAAUGACAGCAUUGCGAUGAUGUUAACAGAUAACGGGAUAGGCACUCAAAUUCAAAGAGCUACAUUAUUCAAACCAGAGCUACCUGGGCAACAAUUACAAAGAGCUCUGGACACUCUAUCACCUUCCGGGAACAAUCUUGAUUCUCCUCGUAGACGUUUGCGCCAUUCUUUCAAUAACCUAGAAAAUUCCAUCACAUCAAUGACUUCAGAUCUUUUCGAUUUCAACCUUGGAGAUGAACCUGCAUUGAAUGAUAUUACUUUAAAUAUAUCUGAUGAAACACCAUACCGUACGCCGCCCAUUGAUUACGAACCAUCACCUUAUUCUUUCACUACAAAUACAAUGGCAACAGCUCCUAUAUCAACGCCUCAACGUCAACAACAACAGCAGUAUACCCCAACGCAAUAUACCCCAUUACCACCUGCACCAUCUUAUCAGCCAACACAAGACAAUACUGCCAAACAGAUGAAUGAUUCCAUAAGGAGAACAUCCGCUGCUGCUGCCUUCACUGAAGUAGAAAACGAUAGUAGCAAUUCCAUAAGUAUUAAGCAAUUUCUUACUUAUACAGGCAUCACCUUACCUGAAGAAAAGCCAAUAGGAGAGGACACACUGGAAAAAUAUGCCAAGUUGCUUGAUGAUUUGAGUAACAACAAUGAAAGUAGUAAAUCGAAAUCUGCUAGGCAUCUGCAGCCAUCUGAACAAAUUGUUGCUCUUCGGCUAAUGAAGCCUGCCAUAGAUAUAGUUAAAGAGGUAAUACAAACUGGCAAUUGGUUACUUUUUUAGCAAUUCCAUAAAUUGAUUGUAAACUGGCACUUUCUUAUAUUAGACCAUUAUGGAAACGCGCAAGUUCAUUGAUUAUUCGAAGAAUGUCACUCAACAACUAGAAGAGCAAGUCAAAACGAGUCCUAGUCUACCGCCUCUAUUACGGAAAUAUCAAGAAGCUACAUUAGAAGAAAAGAUAAAAUUGAAUCAAAGAUUGAGAUACAUGUUAAAUAAGGCAAAGCAUACAGCAAACAAAGAA